UAUACAUCGAAUUCGCCUCAGGCCAGCUUCACUUGAGGACGACGAGUAGUCGAGUAGUACAUUAUACUGCCGCGCGAGGCGGAGCAGAGCAGAGCAGAGCAGCGGCCACAGGUCCACAGCCUACAGGGGUAGUAUGUUUCGUGGAUAGAGAAGACAGCAGCGGGAGGGAGGGAGCUAGCGCGGUGACCGGUCGGCCAUGUGGACGCCGUCGCGAGGGCUGGGCAGCGGGCGGCGGCUCGGGCUGCGUCGCAUCGCGGACUACCUCGGCGAGGACCACACCGAGGCGUCCGACAGCGAGUCCUUCAUCACGACGCACAGCGACGAGCUCCUCGCGUCGACGUCGGGCGCCAUGGGCGGAAUGCUGCCGGAGUUUCUGGCCGACCAGAGCGACCUGGUGGAGGUGAUGCUGGAGCUGGACGAGGAGUCCAUGGUGGUGCGCAGCGUGACGCCCACCGCGGCGCUGCUGGCCGGAGGAGCCGGGAUGCAAACGCCCGUGGGGAGCGGGCGCAGCCUGAGCCGGAGCUCGUCGACGUCGUCGAGGAUUCGCAGGACGUUCGCGUGGCUCCGGUCGCCGUCGCCUCUGCCCGAGCAGCCGCGGCAGGAGGCGGCCGUGAUGGCCGCCCGGGAGCGGCGGCGCGUGCAGGCCCGGGUGAACCGGUCGCGGUCCGGCGCGAGGCGCGCGCUCAAGGGUCUGCGGUUCAUCAGCCGCGCGACGGGCUCCGCCGAGGCCACCGCGCUGUGGGGCAGCGUGGAGGAGCGCUUCAACGAACUGUCCCGCGACGGCCUCCUCGCCCGCGACGACUUCGGCGACUGCAUCGGGAUGGUGGACUCCAAGGAGUUCGCGGUGGGCGUGUUCGACGCGCUGGCGCGGCGGCGGCGGCUGAACCUGGAGCGGAUCAGCAAGGACGAGCUCCACGACUUCUGGCUCCAAAUCUCCGACCAGAGCUUCGACGCCCGCCUGCAGAUCUUCUUCGACAUGGUCGACACCAACGUGGACGGGAGGAUCACGAGGGAGGAAGUGCAGGAGCUGAUCGUACUGAGCGCGUCGGCGAACAAGCUGUCGAAGCUCAAGGAGCAGGCGGAGGAGUACGCGCUGCUCAUCAUGGAGGAGCUCGACCCAGAGGACCUGGGCUACAUCGAGCUAUGGCAGCUGGAGGCGCUCCUCCUGCAGCGCGACGCGUACAUGAGCUACAGCCGGCCGCUCAGCAGCCGCAGCGGCGGGAGCGGCAGCGCGGCGCAGUGGAGCCAGAACAUCGGCGUCGGCGGAGGCGCGCAGCAUGAUCAGCAGCCCGCGACGGCACCGGGGCAACGGAAGAGGAGCUGGCUGCGGAAAUGGAUCAGCCCGCGGCGCGCGGCGUGCAGGGCGCGGGUGGCGGCGGAGGAGGGGUGGCGUCGCGCGUGGGUGGUGGCGCUGUGGGCGGCGGCGAUGGGUGCGCUGUUCGCGUGGAAGUUCGCGCAGUACCGGCGGUCGGUGGCGUUCGAGGUGAUGGGGUACUGCCUGCCGACGGCCAAGGGCGCCGCCGAGACGCUCAAGCUCAACAUGGCGCUCGUGCUGCUCCCCGUCUGCCGCAUCACGCUCACAUGGCUCCGAUCCUCCUGGGCGCGCUUCUUCGUCCCUUUCGACGACAGCAUCGCCUUCCACAAGAUGAUAGCGAUGGCGAUCGCGACGGGCAUCUGCCUGCACGCGGGGAACCAUCUGGCGUGCGACUUCCCGCGGCUGAUCGCAUCGGGGCCGGAGGAGUACCGGCUGCUGGCCGGCUUCUUCGGGGAGGAGAAGCCGACGUACCGGCACCUCAUGUCCGGCGUGGUGGGCGUCACCGGGAUCGUGAUGGUGGUGCUCAUGGCCGUGUCCUUCACCCUGGCGGCGCGCCCGCUGCGGAGGGCGGCGUCCACGUCCACCCGGCGGCUCCUCCCGCCGCCGCUCGGCCACCUCGCCGGCUUCAACGCCUUCUGGUACUCGCACCACCUGCUCGUCGUCGUCUACCUCCUGCUGCUCGUCCACGGCUGGUUCAUGUUCCUCGUCAGCAAGUGGCACCAGAGAACGACAUGGAUGUACAUUGCUGUGCCGUUUGUCCUUCACGUUGGUGAACGAACGUUACGAGCCUUCCGUUCCAAGGCCCAAGCAGUCAAGAUCCUCAAGGUGUGCCUUCUACCAGGAAAUGUGUUGACCAUUACAAUGUCAAAGCCAUGUGGUUUCAGAUACAGAAGUGGACAAUAUGUUUUCCUUCAGUGUCCAACUGUUUCUCCUUUUGAAUGGCACCCUUUUUCCAUCACUUCAGCUCCUGGAGACGACUACAUCAGUGUUCAUAUCCAGACGAGGGGGGACUGGACACAAGAGCUCAAGCAUAUUUUUGUUGAGAACUACUUCUCGCCAUGCCUGCCCAGAAGAGCAUCAUUUGGAGAGCUAGGCAUGGCAGAACAGAAGAGUCCUCCGAGGUUGCUUGUCGACGGCCCAUAUGGUGCUCCGGCACAGGAUUUUAGGAACUAUGAUGUUUUGCUUCUCGUUGGCCUUGGAAUCGGCGCGACACCUUUCAUAAGCAUUCUAAGAGAUCUGCUGAACAACAUUAAGCUGGCUGAUGAACUGAUGGACAUAGCAAUGGAGACCAGUAGGUCCGAGGAUAUCAGUAACACCUUCAGUGUAUCAACAGCAGGCAGCAACAAAAGGAGAGUGUAUCGGACAAGUCGUGCACACUUCUACUGGGUUACAAGGGAGCCAGGAUCAUUCGAAUGGUUCAAGGGGGUGAUGGACGAGGUUGCUGAAAUGGACAAGAAGGGUAUCAUAGAGCUCCACAACUAUCUGACAAGUGUGUAUGAGGAGCGUGAUGCAAGGACGACUUUGCUUUCAAUGGUGCAAGCCCUGAACCAUGCGAAGCAUGGUGUAGACAUAGUAUCAGGCACCAGGGUCAGGACACAUUUUGCAAGGCCUAACUGGAAGGAAGAAUUCACGAGAAUUGCUUCCAAGCACCCAAGUUCGACAGUUGGGGUUUUUUACUGUGGGAAACCCACACUAGCAAAAGAACUGAAGAAACUAUCACUUGACAUGAGCCACAAGACGACGACUCGCUUCCAUUUCCAUAAGGAAUACUUCUGAUGGGAUAGAAUACAGAACAGCCCUGGUAGCCAUAGUAAUUGAUAUUAAUAUAAAAAACCAAUGUUUUUUUUUUGAAGAAACCUUACCCUCUUCACCAUUUGUAAAUGUAAAUAGUACAAGAAAGAGGGCAGUUAGAAGCACUUUUAUUAACAAUAUGAGAGGGAGAAAUAUUCUGUCCAGAUAUGCAUGUACUCCCUCUGUUCGGAUAUAAUCGACGCAGAGUGAAGGCUAGCUAGUGCAGG